AAUUACGAAAUGACUAAGAGAUUGGUGGCUAGAGCUGAGGUGUCUGAGUCAGGUUGAGGGUGGGAUUAUUCAGUAACAGGAAGUAUAUCUUUCAUUUCCUCCUUUCUGAGAGAAAGCUGAGACUAGGGCUAAGCAACUGGUUUCAGACCGCCUAGCUGGACUUUGGAUGAGGCAGUUCUACCAUGAAGUUGGCUGUGAUUUUCUCAGGAGCUUUGCUGGGGCUACUAGCAGCCCAGGGGAUGGGGAAUGAUUGUCCUCACAAAAAAUCGGCCACUCUGCUCCCAUCCUUCACGGUGACACCUACAGCUACAGAAAGCACUGCAACAACCAGCCAGAGGACUACCAAAAGUCACAGAACUACUACUCAUAGAACCACCACCACCAGCCAUGGACCCACAACUGCCACUCAUAAUCCUGCCACCACAACUGGUCAUGGAAAUACCACAGUUCAUCCAACAAGCAUAGGCACGGUUACCAGCCAUGGACCCACUCACCAUCCUGCCACCACGACCACCACCAGUCAUAGAAAUUCCACCGUUCAUCCCACAAGCAACAGCACUGCCACCAGCCCAGGAUUGUCUACCACUUCCCACCACUCAGGACCAUUUCCACCCACUCCAAAUCCUCCUAGCCCAGGCUCCCAAGAGGCUACCGGAGACUACAUGUGGACUAAUAAUUCCCAACCCUGCGUCCACCUUCAUGCCCAGAUUCAGAUCCGAGUCUUGUACUCAACCCAGAAUGGAAAGGCCUGGGGCCUCUCUGAACUGAACCCUAACAAAACCAAGUCCCAAGGGAGCUGUGAAGGUGCCCACCCCCACCUGCUUCUCUCAUUCCCCUAUGGACAGCUCAGCUUUGGAUUCCAACAGGACCUAAAGCAGAGCACUGUCUAUCUGAGCUAUAUGGCUGUGGAGUACCAUGUGUCCUUCCCCCAAGCAAAAGAGUACGAAUUCUCAGCUCAGAAUUCAUCCCUUCAAGAUCUCCAAGCACCCCUGGGCUGGAGCUUCAGCUGCAGAAACUCAAGCAUCAUGAUUUCACCAGCUAUCUAUGUAGACCUGCUUUCCCUGAGGCUACAGGCUGCUCAGCUGCCCCACACAGGGGUCUUUGGACCAAGUUUCUCUUGUCCCAGUGACCGAUCCAUCCUGCUGCCUGUCAUCAUUGGCCUGAUCCUCCUCGGCCUCCUCAUCCUGGUGCUUGUUGCCUUCUGCAUCGUCCGGAGACGUCCAUCCACUUACCAACCUCUCUGAGCAUCUGCCCCAACUUCAGGGCACUAAGGAACAUCAUUUCCUCACUAUGCAACUGACUCAAAAACAAAGUUAUCUUUCUUCCCUGUCUUCUUGAAGAACAAAAAAUAGAGAUAAUAUAAUUAGGAGGGAGGUAGGGAGAUUUUUAUUAAAUAUCUGAGAUCUCCCCUCCCUCUCCUCAGUAGGAGAGUAGUGAAACCUACUCAAAUCUUUGUCCUUGCUCCCUUGUCCUACCAGGAUUAAAAGCUAUGGGUUUCUUGUUAAA